AUGAUUAUUUUAUUUUUGAAUAUUUUAGUUCAUUUCUGUUUGAGUCAAAAACAAGAUGAAAUUUUAUUGAUUCAAACUCCAAAUUGGCCAAAACCAUAUAGUGGACAAUUGUCGUGGUAAGACACUUUUUGAUUUAUUGCAGAAAACAAACAAAAACAAAUGAUGUUCUUCAGCUCAUUUCUCAUUAGGAAUGGGAUGAAAAGUGUUUUUUCUUUCUUUAGGAUAAAGUUUCAGAGAAAAUCAUUCAAAAAUUGUUAAUGUUCAGGAAACAACGGGUUGAUGUUGAACCCAAUCAAGGAGUAGCCGUGAUUUUUGAACAGUUUCUUGCCAGUGCUCAUGAUUGUGUUAUAGCAUGUCCAAUGAGUGAUGACGCCUGUUCAAGGUUUGUGUAAUAUGCACUUUUUCUGCCAUUUUUCUAAGGAGGGGUUUCAAGUUUUCAACAAAACAAAACGAAAAAUAUUUCCAGCAUUUGUGGCGAUGCAAUGGAUCAUGGAUUAGUUCCGAAAAUUUUGCGAGUUAAUCAAUCUACAGCGUUUUUAGCAAUGGUUUCGAUUGAUCAAAAUGAUGGAUUUCCACAUUCAGGAAUUUUUGGAAAAGUUAUUUCAUAUGGUUAGUGGGAUAUUUUUUGAAUAGAAAAGGGUGUGAAAACUUACACCUUUUUAUUGUGAGAAGCAAAUAUUCAUUAAACGCAAAAAAUAUAAUAAUUUUAUUUCAAAGGUGAUGUUGAAGACAAAAAUAACUUGAGCUUCUUGAGCAAUUUUAACUUGAUAGUUUAAAAAUCAUUAUCAUAAUCAGAAUUGAAAGAGAAAAACUGCUGCAAACUACUACUUAUACUUAGAAAGUUCAAAAGUUUGCAGGUGUUCCAUAUUACAUGAUGUUUCAUUUUUUUACAAACUUUGAACUUGAAACUUUGAACUGAUGGUUGAAAAAACUGUUAUUAAAAUGUUUUGGAUGAACUAUAACAUUAUUUUUCAAAUGAGCUUAACUUAUUUUUAUUUUGCACUCGACCAUCAAGCAUUGUCAGAAUGAACAAUAACAUUUGAGACUUUUCUAAUUGUAAAAAUCUGACGAUACGGUCGAUGUAUGAAAAUCAUUGUGAGUGAUUGAAAUGUGCCAUGUGCACCAACAAAUGAUAUAGCAAUAUUGGCGUAACUUUGAUUAUAAUAACCAAAAAGAUAGGAAUAUACUCCAUAAAGACAUGGUAAAAAUAGUGCACAAGAAGGAACAGAUAUUUGUAGACAAAUUGCACGGAACAAUAUUUUUUGCAUUUUUUUUGUUGUAAGACUCAAAUUAUUGUUUGAAUUAAUGUUCAAAUGAGAUGAUGUGGCAAUUGUGAAAUAAAUAAACUCGAUCAUAAAAACAGCAGUUGGAAUUGCCAUCACAAUACUUGUUUGAAUUGUGUUGUUUGAAGAUACAUAAACUUGACUAUCAUAUAAAGAUUGUGGUAGACAUGGAAGAAUGUUUGUGAAUAUAUAAUAUUUAGCUGAUUCUUGUUCCGGAGCAAAAUAUAAAAUGAAAACAAAAGCAAAUCCGCCUAAACAAUAAUUAAAGAAAAAUGUAAAUAUUUGGAUUCUUGUUGUUGAUACAUUUCGCCAUUUCCCAGAUAUUUGACAGUAUCGGUUUUGAAUUAAAGAACAUGUUGAACAUACAACUGCUGCAAUUCUUUAUUGAUUUUGUGGUUUUUUCUGACCAAACUUGCCUAAAUUAACAUACAAUAACAAAAUUACUUGAAACAACAGUGAAAACCCAUUUUGUGUCAAAAAUCCGUAUGGAAUUCCAGCAAACGCUGGAGCAAGAAUAAGAGGAACAAAGAGAAAACUAACAUUCAUAUCAGAAGCAAAUGCCCUGAAAAUAAUUAUCUUGUUUGUUCCUAAAGUGUCUUUUUAGGUACCAAAAAGUUGAUAAUAACAUGACGUGUUUCAAUCCUUUUAUAGUAGCCGGAGUUUUGAAAAUAACACAAUAAAAGCCGACAAAAUUCACAAUUAAGCUCAAAAUACCGAAAAAAUAUCCUGAUAAUAUAAGAAAAUCUGGAGUUGCAAAAUAUGAAUCAAAAGCUGUCAACCCGGAACAGUUUUUGUACAACAUUUGAUUUUCUAGCCAAUAAUAUUGAAAAAUAAUGGCAAAACUCGAUAAUUAUGUUUAUCAGAAGACUCGGGAAUGUUAUUAUUAGUGGUAAAAUUAACUACAGAACAGAAAACAAUCGAAACAAAUUUCUAAUUUUCGUGGAAAAAAAGGUGGUUUUGGAGUGAGUUCAUUUUUUUACGCAGACAAGCAGCUGAAAUACAUUUUAAAAAAGUAUCCGUGAAUAUUUCAUCUGCCUUUUUAAGAAUAUCCCGAUAGGGUGUAUCUGAAUUGGAAGUGGGUUUUUCAGUGUUUGAUCUUUCUUUUGUUUUUGAAGAAUUGCGAAAUCCACAAUUUUCCUUGUGAACAAAAACCCGUUCUCUAAUCCGUUGACCGUUUCUAACACAAGAAAUUUCUAUCGAUUUGCUGAUAAAUGUGAGAAAAAACGGAGACUAUCUCGCCCUCUAUUAUAUUAAGAAAAAUAACUUCCGUUAGCCAUUCCCAAUUCGCUGAGUGUCAUAGCAAUAUUUCAAUUUCAAAAGCUAAGACUACCCACGAAUAUGGAAUGGUGUGUGGAGAAGAGAAUAAAUGAUUUGCUCAAAAUUCUCAUGCCGAACUCGAUGUUAUGUCAUAGCAUCUUUUCUAUAGACCGAAGCUGUGACAAAACUCGAUUUCGAAAUGAUAAUGAGAAAAAAGCUAUCAGUAAAUAAAAUUAUUUGAAUAAUAGAAACAGAGAAUAAAUGAUUUGCUCAAAAUUCUCAUACCGGAGUCGCUAGUUUGUCAUAGCAUCUUUGUAGUUAACCGAAGCUGUGACGAAACCCGAUUCCGAUAUGAGAAUGAGCAUGUCUAUACUGAUCCAGGCACCCCUUUUAUAUUGGUGGAAAAGGGGCGUGGCUUGCCUUUAGGAAAAAUUAUGGCGGGUUUCACACCUUUCCCCAAGUAUGAAGAAAGUGCACACCUGUUAGACCAUAAAAUAAACAAAACAACAUCUGGUGAUAUCAAGUUUUGGGAAAAAUAUUUGAAAUUUACAGAUCUUCUGGAUGAUUCUUUUUUCGAUUGUGGAAGUUUUAUUGAACUUAAGGAUGGUCAAACAUAUUAUUUUAUAUCACAAAAUUAUCCAAAUACACCGAACAUAACUUAUUCGAGUUGUAACAUCAGUUUUUCUUCAAAUUCGAGAAAAGGAAUUCGUUUUGCAAUUUAUGAUUUCAAUUUGGAUUAUGCUUCUAAUUUCCGAAUCUAUGAUGAAGAAAUAUCCGAAGAUGUUAGGUAUAGAAGUACAUUGAAUUAUCAAUUUAUGAAUAUUUUAUUUUAGCGGAUUUGCAACUGAAGAUGAACCAGUUCCCUAUUAUUUCGAGAAUGGAACAGCAAACAUCAGUUUCUCGUUUUCAGAUAAACAUAGUUUUCUAGAAAAACGAUUUUAUAUCCUGGUGAACUCUUAUGAAAUUCCAACUUCAAAGAAUGAAAACUGUUUAGCAACUGGACUACACUCUCUUAAAAUCAGUGAAAAAGUUAAUUUCGGAACUCCUGAUUUCUCCACUGAAAUAUAUCAAAAUAAUCUUGAUUGUAACUAUGGUUUCACAAGAAAAACACAAAAUUCAUAUUUUGCAUUGGCUAUUCAAUAUGAAAGUGAGAAAUGUUGCGAUACAAUGAAUGUGGAUGGUUUAUCAAAAUAUGAAGAAAUUUAUCAAGGUUUUCAAUCUUCUAAUUUAUUUUUGAGUCAAUCGGAGAAUAUUUCUUUUUCUUUUCAAUCUGAUGAAGUUGUUGGAGCAACCGGGUUUACUGCAUCAAUCCAACACAUUGGUAACUAUUUAUUUUUUCCAGGAGUUUUCCCAACGAUUUUUUAGAAAAAAUAAUUUUACAGACUGUUCUUGUCCAUCUGAUAUGGUUCUUAUUGAAAAUAGCCAACUCACAUCAACAGGAUUCAAUGAAGGAGCAAUAACAUAUUGCCCAUCGUUAAAUUGUUUAACUAACUUAUAUUUCAAUCAAUCAAAAUAUGAUUUGAUAAUUCAUGUCAACAAAUUCAAAUUACGAUCUUACACUCAAACUGAUGAUGUUGAUUUCAUCAAUAUUCUGAAUCCAUACACCACUUCAUUAGCAAAGUUAGUUUCUGAAAAUUUCUGAAAACAAAAUUUAGGUUUGUUUUAGCAUGAAUUACAAAAAUGGCCAGGUUCAAUCCAUUUUGGGUACCGUUUCACCACUCACAGUACAAUUUCAUUCAACAAAUCUCACAGUUUUUCCACUUACUCAAUCUGGAAUUGGAUUUGAUUUUGGACUAGAAUUAGCUGAAAGUAUGUGAACAUUUGAAUAUCACUAUAAGUAACAGAUAUUUUUUCAGAAAAAUAUGUGACGAAAUACAUUGAAUUUAGCGAAACCCACACCUUUGAAGACGUUUCCAACAUGAAUUUGAAUUCUUCAGAGACUUUUGAAUACAAAAUCAAAGGAAGACCCGGAACAAAAGUGAGGAUAUUUUUAUUAUUGAUGUGAUAUAUAUUUCAGAUUUUUCAGAUUUCAGUUUAUUUUUUCACAAGUUUGCAAGACAAAAUCUUUGUAGAUUUGUUCGAUGGAAGUAGCACGCUAUCUUCACCACUCAUUGAUAAUAGGUAUUUUUAACCUGUUCAGAAAAAUCAAUCUUAUCAGGGAAUUUAUUUUAAGAGCCUUGUAUAAUGCUGGUUUUCAAGGAUAUUCCACAUUUCUACAAUCAUCUUCUGAAUAUGCAAUUCUUCAUAUUCGAUCAAAUCCUAAAUAUUUGAAUUUAGAAGUUCUAGAUUUCCAAGCAAUGAUAACUGACGUCACAAUUGAUUCAAAAUCAAAUUGUGGGAAAUCGUUAGUAUAUUCUAUGAAUUUGGGAAGUAGUGGGAAUAUAUCGUUAAAUGGAGAAAACUGUCAAAAGGUAUUUGUUUUCAAUUUUUAAUGUAUCUUCAAAAUAAAUGUUUCUUUCAGAUCUUACACUUCACAGAUAUGAACUAUCUACAGAAUAGUUAUUUUUCUUUAAACUUACCUAAUGAAAUCAAUCUCAAUGUUUAUUUUGGUCUUUCAAAAAAUAAUCUUAUUGGAACAGGGUAAUUUUUCUCAUUUGGAACACUUUUCACAAAAAUAAAUGUUUUUGCAGACAAUCUUCAUUGCCCCCGAUGAUAUUCUCGAAUUACUUGCUUUUGGAAUAUUCUUAUACUUCACAGGUUGACAUAACUUUUACUUCGGGUAUCUCUGCAUCCAUUUUCGCCACUACAUUUUAUCCAAAUCAAACGAUAUUUUUAACAAGUUCGGAUUAUUUGAAAACAACCAUGGCAACAACACAACAAACAUUUUCUAUUCAAAUGGUCAGUCACAGUUUGAAAAAAAAAUUAGUUUUAAAUAUGUAUUUUUCCAGCUUGGAGGUUCGAACGUGCAAACUGGCUUAUCCAUCGAAUUUCUUGCUGAUUCUCCAAACAGCCAGAUUGAUAUUGAGUGGGAGAGGAUGUUUCAGAAUGUAGUGACCAGGAAGAGGUACAUAAACCACUGCGAAAAAAAACAACAAUUGAUGAUAAAUUUAAAGUACACUCAAAAAGAUUGUUGUUGACGUUCAUACGAAGAACAACAAGUUUAACGAAACAAAAAAUUGAAGAUUGAUAACAAAGGAUAGAAAGAAAAAGAAAUGGCAAGAUAAAUCAGCAUCGGAAAGAGCAAAUCUCAAAUGUUCAGUUCGUAGUGAUUUUCAAGAGCGUAUAUUUUUUCUAGAACCAUAAGAACCCUUUGAUGUUUGAAAAUAUUUUCAAUAUUAUUUGUCCAAGAUUUAUUUUCAGCCUGAAUGGAGUUACUUCAAGUCAGAAAUUCGAUUCAUGUGGAAAUCAAGUUUGGAUAACUUAUCAAUCUCCCCCAAGUUCUGGAAAUGGCCUAUACGCUAAAAUUUCACAAGGUACACACGGUUUUUUCAAAAAUCACAAACAAACAAACAGUUUCUUUCAGCCAAUCUUCAAUGUUCGUCGUCAAAUGUUCAUUUUUCAAUGUUCACUCUGAUAAUGUUUACAAUUCUAACAUCUAUUUUUGUUUGA